AUGGAAACACCUAGGUUCGCACUUGUUGUUUUCCUGCUGCUCUUCCUGUUCCUCUCACCGGACUCCCAGGCUCCGUCUCUUUCGCAGCAACGUGAUAUAGAGCACUCGAUCCUCGAAGAACGGCAGGCUUUGGACUUUCUCAAUACGUCAAGCUAUGGUGGCCUCGAUACCAAGAAGAAUCGCUGGUUGAACGUUACAGGACUGAGGCGGAAUGAUGGUUACGCAUGGCACUUGCUACUGGAUGUGCAAGAGAGAGCAAAAGAACAGCUACAAAACAUAUGUAACGCCUUUGAAUUCACUUCGAUUUUCCAAAACGCGUCUUUGCCUUCGGGGAAGUUGGCAAAUGAUGGCGACAAACAGAACACAGUGGGUAGAAUAUUGUCUACAAUGAAACCUUUCUAUGAUCCUGCUCCACUUUACCAGAACGUCACGGGCAUUGUUCGUGGACACUGGACUCGUUCCAAGAUAGGAGAAAGUUUGGAAUCUCCAUCACUGAAUCUCACUGCAUUGACUCCUCGGAUUGGCUAUGUAUCCCAGAAUUACAACCGCAACAUCACCGGACGAAGUGGAGACCUCCGAUUCCACAUUCAUGAAGGCAAUGACGACAAUUUCAAGCUUGGGCUGGAAGACGAUGGCCUGGUUAGAGACGUCAAAGCGACGAUGACGAUUAAAGACGAGUCCUCGAGUGGCGAUGGCUGGGAAAUGAGUCUAUUCGGUAUACAUUAUCCACUGCAAGGAGGCAUCAUCCUUUCUACAACGUCAGAAAAGUUUGCUGGCAUCUUUGCUUUACCGCAUUUCACGUUGUCCGAACGUGCCUUUUCUCUCGCUCAAAGGGUCCUCAAUCAAACUCUCAUGGCAUCAAUCGACACCCAAGAGGCAGAGUUGAGCUCUGUCCCGAAUCCAUGGACGUCCUCACCGCACAACCCUUCAGACGCUCUUUUUCCGGUUCCUCAUUGCGAAUUCAUUGUGUACCUGCAACAGCACCCAAAUGAAGAUACCAACAUCGACUUCGGGAAAUUGGAGAAGGAACUGCGGUUCCCCACCGGCUCUUCAAUGCCUUCCGCGCCGACUAUCAGAAUGUCUGCUUUGAUCUUCUCUCCUGAUUGCGGCUUCGUACUCGAGUCACAAGGCCCUCCAGACUUCGCGCCUCAGGAGGGGUUGCAUUUGAAUGGCCAGAAGCUUGAGUCAUACAUGCGAACCGCCAGGCGCUGUAUCAUCGCCUUUGCUGCUGUGACCUGUGCGCAAGUAUUCCUUUCGAUCAGACAGAUGAAGGAUGCCUCAACGCCAUCGACCAAAAGCCGAGUCAGCUUUUAUACGAUUGCAAUGAUGGCUUUGGGUGAUGGCUUUGCAUGCAUGGGGUUUAUGUUUGUUAGCAUGAUGAUUGAUGCGGCGUUCUUACCUUUGAUUUCUACAGCUUUCUUGUCUUUCUUGGGUGUGAGCUUCUUUGGCAUGAAAUUUUUGAUGGACAUCUGGACAAUCCAAGCGCCAGAAAGACAAGAGCGAGACAGGGAAAGGCAAAGACCGUGGAAUGAGACUGGAGCGGAUAACACAGCACUCGUACCUCCAGCAAACACUAUUCCAGCACCUGCUGGCAACGUCACCGCCGCUGGAGCGGACACCCUUCCCCUGCCCGUCACAGCCCGUCGCACAGUAGACACAGGAGCUACACCGAUCGUUAUCCCAUCAGACCAAGACGUUGAUGCCGAAGCCAUCGACAAUCCAGACAAUACCGCAACUCAACCAGCAGGUCAAACCACUACCCUCAAUACUGCCCGCCGCGAGAUGUCCGCUCUCUACUCAAAAUUCUAUUUCCUCCUUCUCGGCCUAGUCUUCCUCUCCCUGCACGCCACGACCUGGCCCGUUCCACUCCGUUCCUUUUACACUAACACCAUGUGCUUCAUCUACCUCUCCUUCUGGCUGCCCCAAAUCAACCGCAAUAUCACCCGUAACUGUCGUCGCGCUUUACGCUGGGAAUUCGUCAUCGGACAAAGCAUCCUCCGCCUUGCUCCCAUUGUGUACCUUUACACCGUACCUGGAAAUGUCUUGUUCUUCGGCAAUGAUAGGAAUACGGCAUACUUCUUCAUCGCUUGGGCAUGGCUGCAGAUCUGGGCACUAGGUAGCCAGGAAAUCCUCGGACCACGCUUCUUCGUUCCAAAAGGCUGGGCGCCGCCCGCAUAUGAGUACCACCCUAUUCUUCGGGGAGAAAGCGAUGAAGAAUCCGGCUCAACUAUGCCUAUUGGCUUUACUCAAGACGCGUCCUCUUCCCCCACACAUCUCACUGACCCAUCAUCACAGCCCAGGAUAGGCAGCGGCAGCCUCAGACCCAACACAAAAAAUUUCGAUUGCGCCAUUUGCACCGAGAACAUUAGCGUCCCGAUCGUACGUAAAGCUGGUUCAAGUGACGGAGAGAGCCAGGGCAGUGCUUCUGCGGCUUUGUCAACGACUCUUUUCGCGCGGAGAGCUUAUAUGGUUACGCCGUGCAGGCACGUAUUCCACAGUGGCUGUUUGGAGGGGUGGAUGCGGUAUAGGUUGCAGUGUCCCAUUUGCAGAGAUAACCUGCCGCCGCUAUGA